CGUUUACGCCCCCGUGCCCCUGCCCUGCAGUGCCUGGUGGUACCCCGUGUCAGCGUCUCCUCUCUCAGAGGUCCGCGAGUCGUGGCACCGCUCAUGUGUUCCCCGCCCUCACUGGCUGUGGAUAAAGCUUUCAGGUCAUAUGCAUAUGGUUUGGGAUGAGAGGAUAGGGGCGCUGACAGCAGCAGCACAAUAGCGACAUCAAGUGGCUUACUGAAAGCAACUUUGAACUUUUAGAGUUUUUAUGAAUGUUUUGCGUAUGUUUCAGUCAGGCUAAGAUUUUAGAAAAUCCUUCAGUAGGGCUGCUUCCUUUUUCAUCUAUAAAAGCACGCAAAUGCAGCGUGUGCGUGGAGUUUACUUGAGGUGGAAGAAAUGAAGCCGACCGUGAGUGGCGCUGCAGAUCCUUCAUCCACAGCACCGGCAGACAACAACGCAGGGAGGAGGAGGAGGCAGCACCGGGCUCCCUCGCCGGCUACAGCCCAGGAGGGGGCAUUAAAGAUUGUUCCCAGACACCCGGGCAGCUCCAGGCCUCCUGAUCGUGCAGGGAGAAGCGGGGACUUUGGGUUGAGGGACAGCCUGAGCACCGCAGACAGAAGGGAGAGGGAGCCCGAGAGCCGCGGAGGGGCAGCUGUUCACCCGGAUGGUGCUGAAGCUGAGCUCGUCAAAGCAAACAGGGCGGAUGCUGUCGAGGAAGAUCCGGCAGAUUAUUUCCCAGCGCCGACUCUAGGCUCUGCCUUACCCCGCUUUAAAGGUGACUCCACACAGCGUUUGUUUUCCAGCAGAGCUUAUUCGCUCAGAGAAAAGGAGAGGAAGCCAGCUGAGAGAAGCGGACACGGGAAGAGAAACGACGUGUCCGCGGCCUGUGGAGCGGGCCUCGGUUUGGGUCUGUGGAAAGGGCGAUGUUUACAGGCUGAGCUGAUUCACUUCCACCUGCAGAAGAGACUCAAGAAGAGGGGAGCUAAGAUGCAAGCCAAAGCGGACAGCACUGGGACGUCGGAGGCCGCCCUGGAAGAGCCGGAGCCGGCUGCAGAGGCGACAGAGGCGGGGUCCGUGACACAGCAGGACCAGGCCCUGGAGGAGGAGAUGGAGAGGCUGCUGGAGGAAAACGAAGAUCUCAAGUGUGAGAUUGAAGAAAUGAGGGCCGAGAUGGACGAGAUGCGAGACACUUUCUAUGAAGAAGACACUUGCCAGCUCCAGGAAAUGAGGCGUGAGCUAGAGAGAGCCAAUAAAAACUGCAGAAUCCUGCAGUAUCGUCUGCGGAAGGCUGAGAGGAAGAGGCUGCGCUACGCCCAGACAGGAGAGAUCGAUGAAGAGUUGCUCAGGAGUCUGGAGCAGGACCUAAAGGUAGCAAAGGAUGUGUCUGUGAGGCUCCACCAUGAGCUGGAAAAAGUGGAGGAGAAACGCACUAAGACGGAGGAGGAGAACGAAAAGCUGAGACAGAAACUCAUAGAGGUGGAAGUGACCAAACAAGCCCUGCAGAAUGAACUAGAAAAAACCAAAGAGUCUCAAAAAAGAAGAGGAAGCAAGGACGUCCAGAAGAGUGACAAGAAAGCAGCACAGACUCCCACUGAGGAGGACAAUGAGGACCUGAAGUGCCAGCUAGCUUUCAUCAAAGAGGAGGCUGUGCUAAUGAGGAAGAAAACAGCCAAGAUUGACAAGGAGAAGGACCGGCUAGAGCAAGAGCUGCAGAAAUACCGCUCCUUCUAUGGAGAACUUGACAGUACCCACCCUAAAGGGGAGGCUGGGGGGCCACCCACCACGCGUGAGUCAGAGCUGAAGCUACGCCUUCGGCUGGUGGAGGAGGAAGCCAACAUCCUCGGGAGAAAGAUAGUUGAGUUAGAGGUUGAGAACCGUGGAUUGAGGGCUGAGCUUGAUGACCUCCGGGGAGAAGGAGAGAGCGGUGGAGGGUCUGGUUGUGGAGCGACGGGUGGGCCGGGCGCAGGACGAGGCCUGGGGGAUGAUCUGACAGAGCUCAGACAACAGCUACAGCUGGUGGAGGAUGAGGCAGAGCUCCUGAGGAGAAACCUGGCUGAUGCUGAGGAACAGAACAAGAGGGUGACAGCUGAGCUGAACAAGUUACGCUUCAAAGCCGGCACUCAUGAAGGAGGUGCCAGGCAUGGAGGAGGAGGAGGAGUUACAGGAGGAGCAGGCAUUGAUGGAGCAAAGGCAGAAGCCCUCCAGGAGGAGCUGAAAGCUGCAAGGCUGCAGAUUAAUGAUCUAAGUGGCAAGGUAAUGCAGCUGCAGUAUGAGAACCGAGUGCUCCUCUCCAACAUGCAACGCUACGAUCUGGCUUCUCAUCUCUCCCUGCGGCCGAGCCCACGGGACAGCGAUGCAGAGAGCGAUGCCGGUGGCACGACGAGCGGUCGCCGCGAGAGCGACGAGGACUCCACCUCAUCCCGCCUGCUCCCUCCUCACCGCAAACGUGAGGGUCCUGUUGGUGGGGAAAGUGACUCAGAUGAGGUGAGAAACAAUAACGGCAGCAGUCGCUGCUUGACGCCCACCCGGGGCCUCUACACCCCUACUGGGCCAGAGGGCGCCGCCUCCUCCGCCUUAUCCCGCUUCCUGCCUGGUGGCCGGUGCACCCUGCGUGAGCGGCAGCAGAUGAUAGAUAUCCGCGUGGAAGCGGAGAGGCUCGUUCGCACCAUUGAUAGGCUCAUCGCCGAUACUGCCACCAUCAUCUCGGAGGCGAGGGUCUACGUUUCAAAUGGCGACUUAAUGUUCGGGAGGUCCGGUGAGGAAGGCGGGGAAGAUGAUGGGAGCAGAAUCAGGGAACAUGAGCUGCUGUAUCGCAUUAACGCCCAGAUGAAAGCCUUUCGAAAGGAACUGCAGACCUUCAUAGACAGACUGGAAGUGCCGAAGCUAGAGGACAGGGAGGCAGAGGAGCCGCUGUCGAUGUUCCAGCCAAUCAUUUUACUCAUCCUCAUACUCGUGUUAUUCUCAUCCCUCUCUUACGCCACCAUCUUCAAGCUCGUCUUUCUUUUCACUCUUUUCUUUGUUCUGUGAUGCACACCUCCCUUUAACACACGUCAUCCUUUGGUUUGUUUUCCCUCCGUUGAUUUUUUUUCUUUCCAUCCCCGCAUCAUUUGUUGCCAAGGUAACCGACAGCACAGUAAAAGCUCAGCACUUACCGAGGUUGCACUCACAUUAGAGGAAGUGUGGCCAGCUUCAGCACUGGAGUCUGCAUUAUCAUCACGCAUCGUCAUCUGCAUAAGGCGCUU